AUGGCUGACUCUUGCUUAUUUCCCGCUCUCAAUGAUGGUGUUUCCCAUCCUCGACACGCACAAGAAUCUGUGGACAUUGACGGGGCUGCCGUGGAAAGGCUCAUUCUUCACUGCCAAAGUACACAAGCCCCUGUUAAAUCCUGCCUUGCAACCAUUUGGGCUGUUAUCCUUGGACAAUACACAGACUCUGAUCGACAUGUUAUGGGAUUCACGAGUUCAGACGCCCAGGCCUCGGACUACGGCGUACAGUACGUGAUACGAUUAAAGGAAACGCCCACAGCCUUGGUUCAGACAUUGAAUGAAGCCGAUGGGUGGGAAGUGGUUCCUUGCCCCUCACCCUCGUCAAUGGACUAUAAUACAGGCAUCUGGAUUACCGAAACCAGUCUACCAGAUGGAACUUCACUACCUCCCUCAUGCGAUAUCCAAUUGGCAUUCGAACGAUCCGCACAAUGCCCCCGCCUGAGAUUGGAAUAUCGUCUCUGUGCCCUCUCCCGAAGAUACGCUGUGUUUCUAAAGGAGGCCGUCAGUUGUGCUGUCGAAUCUGUCAUUGAAAACCAACACCUGACGCUCAAAGAGAUAUCGACCCUGCAAUAUCCUGCCCACUUUCAGCAAAUUCAGCAAUGGAACGCCAACCCCGUAUCCAGGCCUUCAACCACCAUGAUCCACACUCUCAUUCACCAACACUCUAUCCAUCGGUCCGCCCAUGUAGCUAUCAAUGCCUGGGAUGAGAGAUUAACGUACGCCGAGCUCGACAUGUUGUCCUCACGAUUAUCCUUGGAUCUACAAAGCCGAGGGCUUGGUCCAGGUGCCCUGGUGGCAACUUGCUUCGGAAAGUCCGCCUGGGCUGUUGUUGCCCUUCUGGCCAUCAACAAGGCUGGAUGUGGCUUCGUUCCUCUCGAACCGACCCAUCCGGAAGCUCGCAUCAAAGCCAUCCUUCAGCAAACGGAAGUGUCAAUUGUGCUGGUUGACUCCACCCAUCACGAAACUGUCUUGAAAAGCCUCGUUCCUAUCCAUGUGACCAUUUCAAAGAGAUAUAUCGACAACAUCACCCAUGAUGCUGCUUCUUAUCACGCGCCGAGAGUCGGGGCCACCGAUACGGCCUACUGCCUUUUCACCUCGGGCAGUACAGGAGCACCUCGCGGUUGCUUGAUGAGCCAUGCAGCUUUUACGAGCAUUGCCAACCAUUCCUCGCCUUUGCAAAUUGAUUCAACCAGCCGCACUCUCCAAUUCGCGUCAAUGACCUUUGGUAUCUCCCUUAUCGAGAUAUGGUGUACAUUGAGCUGUGGUGGAACGCUCUGCAUUCCAUCGGAGAAAGAUCGAAACAAUCGCUUAGCUGCCGUGAUGCGGGAGAUGGAGGUCAACUGGGCCCUUAUGACUCCCACCACUACGCAGGUUUUGCAGCCUGCCAACGUACCGGCGCUCCGCACCCUAGUUAUUGCCGGGGAGCCUCUUCCAAAGGCCCAAGCUGAUGUCUGGGCGUCUUCACUUGGUUUAUUCCAAGCUUAUGGGCUCACAGAAUGGGCUGGAAUUUGCGCCGUGUCAAAACAGAUUAAACCAUCCGAGCCCCAUGCGACCAUCGGACAUUGCGCGGGUGGACGGCUCUGGUUAGUGAGUCCAGGCAAUGCUCACGUUUUGGCUCCAAUCGGCGCUGAAGCAGAGUUGUUGGUAGAGGGUCCCAGUUUGGCGCUGGGAUAUCUUAAUGAACCGCAGCGCACGGCUGAGUGUUUUAUCGCCCCUCCCCAGUGGUACGAAGCGCUGAACCAAGAUUACAAUGAGCCCCAAAAACUAUACAAGACUGGUGAUAUUGUGCGUUACCGCUCUGAUGGGAGUCUUGAGUAUCUGUGCCGUAGAGGAACACAGGUCAAACUGCGCGCACAACGCAUUGAACUGGAGGAGGUCGAGUAUCAUAUUGCCCAAAGCGCUCCGGAUUUGAAGAGAAUUGUUGUUGAAAUCGUUCAGCCCAAGGGUUCUGAUAGCCAGCCGACGCUAGCUGCCUUCCUCUAUCCUGCAGGUUCCUUGCAGCUUAAUGGUGACAAGUCUUCGCCUCCCCAAACGACAGGUCCAGAGGACGGGUGGUUUACGGUUGCUAAUGACCUCCUACGUUCCACUAUCAAAGAUAUUCCCGUGAAAAUCGGCAAGGCAUUGCCAUCGUACAUGGUUCCGCAGCUCUUUCUACCUUUGCGACAUCUACCCGUCACUACUUCGGGCAAGGUGAAUCGUCGCCAGCUUCGGGACAUGAUUCGACAACGGGAUCGGGCAUGGUGGACGUUACUCACGCAAGAAAGAAAACCAAUCAUUGGCCCAGAAACGGAUGCUGAGGUUCUCGUUCAUACUUGGGUCACUCAAGUCUUAAAGAUCGCACCUGAGCAUGUGGGAAUGAGCGACGACUUUUUCACCUCGGGAGGCGACUCGGCGUUGGCUAUGAAACUGGUUGGUACGGCCCGUCGUAACCUUGUUCAACUACAGGUCAUUGACGUGGUUUCUAACCCUAUACUCGCUGAUCUUGCGCGCGUGGUAGAAGAGCGGGUUGGUAUAUCUCAAUCUUCUACCAUGUUCUCCCCGCCCUUCCAUCUUCUCCGGCAAGAGGGAAUGAGCGAAGCAGAGCUUAAACGGAACAUCAGUCAUGCAGCAAAUCAAUGCGGCGAGGUUCCAGAAAAUGUCGAGGACAUGUAUCCAUGUACGCCGAUGCAAGAGAGCCUUAUGACUCUGUCUAGUAUCGAUGCAGGCCUUGCGCUGGCCGUAUUCCACUAUCAGCUUCAACCAGACGUGGAGAUUGACCGUCUGAAGACAGCCUGGCAACAGACGGUUGACGCAAACCCCAUCUUACGAUCACGUAUUGCCAAUGCCGAGGGUAAUAGGACGAUGCAGGUGAUUCUCAAUCCCCACGCGGUUCAAUACGCGUCAUUCCCUGCGUCCAAAGAGACACUAGGCACUCGUGCAAUCCUUCCUGGGGACGAACUGGUCACCGCUAAAAUCCGAACAGAGACCGAUGGCCGCUCCACUUUUGUUAUCACUAUUCACCAUGCCAUCUGUGACCGAUGGUCAAUGACCAACAUCAUGCGUCAUGUUGAAAGGGCUUACUGCCGACAACGUAUUCAUCCCCCACCAUCGUUCGCUUCCUUUGUGACAGAAACGUCUAUCCAACGCAAGGAUAGCCGGGUCCGUCAGUAUUGGCGGGAGCAAUUGGCAAGCGUAGAUGCGGUGGCCUUUCCUUCUCUUCCAACAGGAUACCGCCCCUUGCCGGACAGCCGACUGGAGCAAUCAACGACCCUUCCAGCCCCGAUUCCACAAGGAGCAACGGCAUCUAACUUGCUUCGCUUGGCUUGGGCCAUUGUCAUUGCAGCCCAUACCUCGCACGAUGAUGUUCUAUUCGGUACGAUCGUGUCGGGACGAGGCAUGGCUCUUUCUGGAAUUGAGGAGAUGACAGGACCAACCAUUGCAAACGUCUCGCUGCGCAUCCAACUGCGACGAGAGGAGCAGAUUGAUCAAGCACUCACUCGGCUUGGCAAGCAGUUUCUGGCAAUGAUUCCUAACGAGCAAGUGGGCAUGCAAACUUUAUCUCAGGAUGAGGACAAGGCAAUGGCGGCAGCCUGCAAAACCAACCAUUACAUGGUCGUGCAGCCAUACUGGGAGCCUCCUUCCCAAAGUCUGUGGACUAAUUACGAUGCCGAUUCCGCCAGAACUGGAGGAUUUUCCUCUAGCGCCCUGACUCUCACGUGCUGGCUUGGGAGACACCCUCGAGAGAUUCGGUUUGAGGCCAAUUUUGACGAACACGUCAUUCCCACCGAGACUGUUUCGCAACUGCUGGAUCAGCUACAACAUGUCCUACAUCAAGCAGUCUGCUAUCCGCAUCACAAGAUUCAUGACAUUUCUGUAGUCACAGAUCGCGACAUGAAGCUUCUUGAGCGGUGGAAUGCGCGGACGACUCCCCUACCACCGGUCGACUCCGUUGGGGAAAUCUUGCACCUUCAUGUCAGUCGGCAACCCAAUGAGCUGGCUGUCUCAGCCUGGGAUGGUGACUUGACGUAUCGGGAGCUAGACGUGCAGUCUUCCUUCUUAGCGAAACGACUGAUCAGCCAGGGUGCAACACCCCACGGUUUUAUUCCUAUUCUUUUGGGCAAGACGAAAUGGACACCAGUAGCUAUAUGGGCCACGAUUAAGAUCUCUUCAGCAUUCACCCUGCUCGAUCCUACUCUUCCCAUUGAGCGGCUCCAGGUUAUAUGCACAUCGCUGCAAAGCCAGAUCCUGAUCUCAUCCUCUCUCCUCCACAACCAGGCCGCCACGAUUGACCAACAGCUUCUGUUGGUAGAUGCAGAGCAGGGCUGCGAGGGUUCAUCUGGGGAGCUGAAUGAACUCCCAAACGGUGUUGCUGGUGGCCAAGAAAUUCUAUAUGUGGUGUUCACAUCAGGUUCUACUGGAAAGCCCAAAGGCGUGGUUAUUGACCACCGGGCAUUCUGCGCGAGUGCCUUCGCACAAAACUCCAUCCUUCAAGUAGGAAGUACCUCCCGUUUCUUCCAGAAUGCCUCCCAUGCAUUUGAUAUCACCAUGACGGAGAUUCUGAGCACCCUUCUAGCCGGGGGAUGCGUCUGCAUUCCAUCCCAGAAGCAGUUGCGCGAUGAGUUUGUCGACACGGCCAACCGGCUUCAGAUCACACAUCUGUACCUCACACCUCCGGCUGCUCGCACCAUCGACCUGUCCCAAUUGAAAUCACUCCGUUGUCUCAUGCUUGGCGGAGAAUCUAUACGAAGGACAGAUGCCAGUUGGUUAAACCAGCUUACAUACCGGGUAGUCCAUUCGUACGGCCCGGCCGAGUGCUCAGUUACUGCCACAGGACGAGACUCACGACCCAACGAUCUUGGCAGCAAGUCAAUUGGGUUCCCACUGGGUUGUCGAUGCUGGGUGGUGAAUACACACGAUCCGCAGCGCUUAGCACCGAUUGGAGUAGUGGGUGAACUUAUUAUUGAAGGACCAAUUGUUGGCCAGGGGUAUCUGAGGGAUCCGGAACGAACAGCACAAUCCUUUAUUCCGCAACCGGGAUGGUUGCGCGCUUUUGGUCCUGCCAACAAGGACACCGGGGCAGUUUACAGAACAGGCGACUUGGUCCGUUGGCGCAACGAUGGAUCCUUAGACUUUGUCGGGAGACAAGACCUCCAGGUAAAGAUCCGAGGCCAGAGGAUUGAGAUCGAAGAAGUCGAAAAAUAUGUUCAACAUCAGUGGUCCUUCACGGGCGAACCGAUAGUCGGUCUGGUCGGUUUGGGGCCCAAGAAGACCCCUUCCCUUGUCGCCUUCAUUGGGCCGGAUCAGGGUGCCAAAUUACCAGGCGUCGACUUGAUAUUGCCCUCGACAGAGGCAUUCAAGACACAAGUUCAUGAGGUGAAACAGGGACUUGAGAGACUUCUUCCACCUGCGAUGAUUCCGACUUUGUUCCUGGCUGUACGGGAGAUUCCUCUUAGUGCAACCAGCAAGAUCAAUCGUGCGCCUUUGUGUGACGCAACAGAGAAAUUGUCGAUGGAAGAGUUGCAACUCCACCGAGAGGAAAGUCAGGCCAAACGUUCACCAGUGACAAGCAGUGAGAAGAUCCUGUGCAAACUUUGGGCCUCCAUCCUGGGUAUCAGUGAUGACUCCGUGGGUCUCGACGAUAAUUUCUUCCGCCUCGGUGGAGACUCCUUGAGUGCCGUUGAUCUCGUUGGUUCUUGUCGAGAGCAUGCUCUUGACAUUACUGUCUCUGAAAUAUUUUCCCAUCCAACCCUGGAAAAGCAAGCAGAACACCUGCGAGAAAGCUCAAAAGUAACCUCAUCAGCGGUUCCUCCGCCAUAUUCACUUCUGCAUGACAAAGAUGCUGUGAUUCGUAUAGCUGUUGAGCAGUGUCACAUCCCGCAGAACCAAAUCGAAGACAUCUAUCCCUGUACCCCUCUACAGGAAGGUCUCCUGGCCCUUACGGCGCGGGACCCGGAGGCAUAUAUCGGACAAUGGAUCUAUCGACUGCCUGACGGAGUUGAUUUGGAAAGGCUGCGUGUCGCGUGGGAUCGCGUUGCUCAAGCGCAUCCAAUUCUGCGUACGCGUAUGGCUCAAGCUGCUGAUAAUCGAUUGUACCAGGUAGUUUGCAGAAUUUCCAUGCCCUGGAGAGUAUGCAAUGCUAUCAAUGAGGAUUACCUUGAGAAUAUCCGGGCCCAGAUGACUUCCAGGCAAUUCCAACCAGAUCUAGUCGCCUGUCCAGCGCAAAAGAAUGAUUCGCCUCGACUAGUGAUUACCAUGCACCAUGCAAGCUACGAUCAAAUUUCCUUAAGCCACCUUCUACGAGAUGUUCAUGCUGCUUAUCAGGGCCAGGCUGAUCUCGUCUCUCGGCCAUUCAGUCCUUUGAUCAGAUAUAUCCAAGAGAAAUCCGACAGCUACGUUGAGUUUUGGAAAGAGGCGCUGGCUGGUUAUGACGGCACACCAUUCCCAGAUCUACCCGCUCCGGACUAUCGGCCAGUACCGUCUAUGGUUCUUGAGAGGCAGUGGCAGCUCGGCUCCGUUGCUGCUGGGCGGAGCAAUGCCACAUUCACAACCAAGAUGUAUCUCGCAUGGGCGAUUGUUCAGUCACGGUAUCAACGCAGCGAGGACGUUGUGUUUGGCGUUACCAUCUCUGGCCGCUCAGCCUCCCUGCCCGGGGUCCAGCAUAUGACCGGUCCCACGAUCGCAACUAUUCCUCUUCGCCUUCGGAUGAGUCACGAUCAGACUUUAUCGGAUCUCCUGCAAAUGACACAAGAUGUGCGAGCCGCGGCUAUUCCACACGAGCAGACAGGUAUCCUAAACAUCGGCCGGUGUGGCCCUGCUGCGGCCAUAGCAACACAAUUCCAGACUCUGCUUGUUGUUCAGCAAGUUGCUGAAGCCAACCCAGCACAUUCUAGUCUGCUGGAACUUUCGAGAUCUGUGACAGGAUGGACUGCUUUCACGUCGUACCCUCUGCUACUCACAUGUACUUUGUCCAAGGACAGUCGAGUUUCAGUCCAAGCGAGCUUCGACCCGAAAAUCAUCUCGCCAGAGCAGACUGAUCGGGCUCUCUCCUACUUUGAGGAGACCUUCGAACUUCUGCAAAAGCAGGAAGGCCGUCUACUGCGAGAUGUUCCGAAUGUCAGUCGGCGUGAUUAUGAGCAAAUUAUGCGAUGGAAUAGCCGCCCGAUGGUUUCGAGCGCGGACGGCUGUGUUCACUGCUUGAUUGUGGAGAAAUGUCUCGAAUAUCCAACCACUCUAGCAGUUUGCGCCUGGGAUGGUACGUUCACCUACGCAGAAUUGGAUGAGCUGUCAUCCAGCUUGGCCGAUCUUCUCAUCACGAAAGGAGUCAGUGUGGGAACGUUCGUGCCACUUUAUUUCGAAAAGUCGCGAUGGACGACAGUAGCCAUCCUAGCAGUGAUGAAAGCUGGCGGUGCAUUCGUUUUGCUGGACCCCUCUCACCCCACGGCUCGUUUGCAGGACAUCUGCGAACAGCUUGGCUCUUCAGUUCUGGUGGCGUCUGAGAAGAACACUGCCCUUGGUAGCGAGCUAUGCUCCCAAACAGUCACAGUUGGCGAUCAUCACCGCCAGUGCACUGAUAAGAGGCAGACGAGCGAGUUGCAUAGUUACUCGAACGAUCCAAACCGCGCACUUUAUGCUGUUUUUACCUCGGGAUCGACUGGCAAACCCAAGGGCGUGGUCAUUGAGCAUAAUUGCUACGUAACAUCGGCGUUAGCCCACAUCCCACUCUUUAGACUAACGCGUUUUACUCGGGUUCUCCAGUUUUCAGCAUACGCUUUUGAUGUGAGUAUUAUUGAACACCUCAGCAUCUUGAUGGUUGGUGGUUGCGUGUGCGUGCCCUCUGACGCGCAACGCUUUGAAGGGCUGGCCGACGCUGUUGAGACUCUACAGCCCAACUAUGCUCUGCUGACCCCUUCCUUUGCGCGGUCUAUCGACCCUGAUCAUUUAUCGUCUUUAGAGGUUCUUGUCCUUGGUGGAGAGAGAAUACAGGAGGUUGAUGUACAGAAAUGGGCUCAUCGAUUGCAUUUAAUCAGUGGCUACGGUCCGGCUGAAUGUUCGGUUGUUGCCGCCAUCCAGGAUUCUUUCAAUGAUUCAACUGAUCCCAGCAACAUUGGAUUUUCCUGUGGCGGAACCUGCUGGGUCUUGGAUCCCGACAAUCCGGAAAAUUUGAGUCCUAUUGGUGUGCCAGGAGAGCUAGUGGUUGAGAGCAACGCUGUCGCCCGUGGGUACCUUGGUCUACCCAACAAAACAGCAGAGGUGUUCAUCUCGCCGCCAUCAUGGCUUCAGAAACUACGAUCAGGCUCUCCCAAACGACUGUACAAAACUGGUGAUCUGGUGAAAUACGCGGAAGAUGGCAGCAUGAUUUUUGUGGGUCGCAAGGACACGCAAGUGAAGCUUCGUGGCCAACGAAUGGAACUCAGUGAGGUCGAAACACGGGUUCUUCAAUUCUAUCCCAGCGCUGCGGAUGUUAUUGCUGAGGUCUUUGAAUUGAAUGGCUCAAAGGCGCUGGUUGCGUUCGUCUCAUGCCCGUCAACAAAGGCUACAACCCAGGAUCCAGAUGAGCCUACUUCUCUUUUCUAUUUUGGUAAUGACGAGUUUAAUGCAAAGGCAGCCGAAGUGCAGUCAGAACUAAGCCAGGUUCUACCAGGCUACAUGGUUCCCUCCGUGUUUCUUCCUUUGACGUUCAUGCCUCGCAGUCCUAGUGGAAAGGCGGACCGUCGACGCCUACGGGAGACAGCCGCUGCAUUGUCCCACGAGGAGAUCCUCUCCUUCCGAUCAGAAGCCCCCAAUAGCCAAGCUCAAGAACCAUUGACGGAUGCUGAACGCAUCCUCCAAUCUGUCUGGGGCAAGUUGAUUAGGCUUCCGCUGUCAAGUAUUAGCGCUACAGACCAAUUCUUCCGAUUGGGAGGUGAUUCAAUCACUGCCAUGAAAGCGGCGCCAAUGGCUCGCGAUCAUGGCUUGAAUAUCUCGGUUGCCGAUAUCUUCGACCAUCCACGUCUCUGCGACUUGGCUCGCCUCGCCACCGAGCAGCGCCAUGUCGAGACUGAACAGAUUACUCCGUUUAGUCUCUCGCCAGUUUCCAAUCCCAAGCUGUACAUUCACUGCCUUCGUGCCCUUGGUAUUGCACCUACCGACUCUAAGGUGUUGGACAUCUUCCCUGCGACGGCGGGGCAGUCUUUCUUCCUGACACGACGGACUACCCACUUUUACAACUUCACCUUGACCGGUCAGGUGGAUGUCGUACGCCUUAAAGCCGCAUGCAGCACUGUCUUUGACAAGCAUAGCAUCCUUCGCACCCUCUUCACUUACAAUGAAGACCAAGCAAUCCAAACCAUUCUCACUGGGAUGAAGCUUCCCUUCCAUAAUUACGAAGGUAUUACUAAUUUGGCCGAAUUUAAGUCGUCUCUAUGGGCGGCUAGCUCUACCAAUAUCGACAUUCUUCCAAGCGUGCCCACUCAGUUCAUUUUACUCUCAAACCAAGACGGCCAGCGGCAUGAAUUCAUGAUUCGGUUGAUGCAUGCUCAGUGGGAUGCCCUGUCACUCUCCGUAUUGUACAACGACAUUGCUCUCGCCUACAAUGGCCAGUCUGUCACAUCAUCGACAGAUUUUUCAGACUUCCUCCGAAAACGGGCACAGCAGCCACGAGAAAAUACCUUGAAAUUCUGGAGCGACCUACUCAAGGGUUCAACUCUGACUCCCAUCCCAACUCUUCCGGGUGACACUGAAAAAGAGGCCCGUCUCCUGUGGACGAGCCAAGACGUGACUCCAUCUCCACAACCGCCUGCGGGCAUCACCAUGGCUUCUCUCGUGAAGGCCGCCUGGGCAUACGUCUUGUGGGAAACCACAAGCCAAGAAGAUAUCACUUUUGUGCAGACAGUCAAUGGCCGAGGUCUCCCACUGAAAGAUGCCGAUCGUAUCCUGGGAUGCUGUCUGAAUUUCAUCCCUGUUCGAGUUCAAAUGCAACACUCUACCUGGAAGGUGCGCGACCUGCUCCAAAAGCUCCAGGAUCAGCAUAGCCAAAGUCUGCGUCAUGACACCGUUCAGUGGUCGGAUAUGGUAGAACACAGCACCUCCUGGCCGAAAGGAACGGAACAUCAGUCCAUUGUGCAGCACCAGAACUUUGACUAUGAUUACAGACUUCCCCUUGACGGCCUGGAGAGUUCUUACUCUGUGGAGCACAACUUUACAACUCAUAAAGAGCUUUUCGUCUUUACAUAUCCUAUGCCAGAUCGCCUCACUGUGGAGGUUUGUAUCUCCUCGGCGAUCAUGUCUGAGCCACGCGCUCUCUAUCUUCUGGGCCGCCUUUGUAGCACGAUUGAAUUGUUUGCAGGUAAUUUGGACACUCUGCUUUGUGAUUUGCCUACUGGUGGAGGCCCGCGGGUGUCUGAAUAUCUGAUUUAG